AUGGCUACCUCUAACGGACAUGGAGCCCCCCGCCAGGUAGAUGACACUAUUCCCCUGGCGCAGUCGAAGAGGACGCUUUUCGAGUUUGGGGAAUUCGACCACUCUGCGAUUCCGCUGGAGAAGGAAGAAUGGCCAGUGAUCAUCGUAGGCUCCAGCAUGGUAGGCAUGACCUUGGGAGUCCUCCUCGGCUACCAUGGGAUCAAGUCAGUGUCUUUUGACCGUCAUCCGUCAACUGCCAUCCACCCCCGAGCAGCCCUGUUCCUCCUCCGGUCCGUCGAGAUCUUUCGCCAGCUCGGCCUCGAAGACCAUUUCCGGGAGAACAGUGCCCUGAACUUCGACCUCGACGCCGGCAUGAUCAUCGUCGAGAAACUGGUGGGCGGCAAAACGCUCGCAACCAUGCAGGAGAGCGACCCUGUCAAAGUCGCCGAGGUCACCCCCUCCGUGCGCCUCUGGCUGACACAAAACAUGUUUGAGCCUCUGCUGCGCGAGAGCGCCAAGGACUUUGGCGCGGUUCAGGAGUUCAAACAGACCGUUGUCCAUUACGAGGAGCUGGACGACGGGGUCAUCGUUGUGGUACAGGACGUUUCGACCAAGACGUACAGGAAGUUUAAGACGAAGUACCUUGUCUCGUGCGACGGUAACCGGAGUGCGACACGGAGGAAGGAAGGGAUCAACUGGAGCGGCCCAGGGGUCGUCGGCGAGUAUAUUUCCAUUAACUUCAAGGCCGACCUGACGCCGUAUUUGGGCACCCGUGCGAAGCAUGGUGUGACUUACAUCUCCAACACCGAUAUCGACGCCGGGUUCCGGCUCGAGGACAGCGGCAAGGCCGGAUUCAUGAUCGUGUCUCGCGCUGGUGAGAAGGACCGUUUCCCACCGGACUCGGUGAGCGGUCGCGAGGCGAAGAAGUACUUCAAGCAGGCCAGUGGAAUCGAGGACGACAUUGAUAUCGAGGUUGAGUCCAUUUCUUACUGGUCAGUGGCGGGGUUCAACAGUGACCGCUUCGCGAGCAAGAAUGGCAGGGAUAUCCACAACCUUGCUUGGAAACUCGCCUACGUCAUUGAUGGGAAAGCAACCCCUAGACUCCUCCGUACUUACAACACCGAGAGGCAACCGGUGGUGGGAGCUACCAUGACCCAAGCGUAUUCCAGACUUCAGAAUCGCGUCUUGCGCCAGAAGGCGGACGAACCAGAACUACCCGACAUCACCUGCGAGAUCGGCUACCGAUAUCUCUCCGGCGCAAUCGUUCGAGGCAAAUAUAUGCCAGGAGAAGACCAACUUUGGGAGGACCCUUACGCUCCUCUCACGAUUGCUGGGUCCCGGUUCCCGCAUGUGGCUCUCGUUGACUCGGCGGACCAAACUCGGCGCAUUUCGUCCCUUGACUUGGUCAAGACGAACUUUCUUAUGUUCGCCGCUGACCCUGCGUCUCUGUGGGUCGAAGCAAUCAAGGCCAUCCGGCCAGAUAUUGACGCAUAUAUCUUGAACGAAUCGUCAACUCCUUGGACGGACACUGAAGGGAAGCUUAGGCGGGUGUGUAAGCUUGAGGAUGGUGAGGCACUACUGGUGCGGCCGGAUGGAUUCAUAGCUUGGAGGGCGGAGAAGCGAGACAGCGGCCAUAGCAGUGCACUGAAGGGCAUUCUUAGGCAGAUAUUGGGCGUAUAG